AUGCGCCAUCUCUUGUCGCCUGCUUUCCGGAGGACCCAACGUGCAGCAGAACAAAACACGAAGAUUUCAACAACUUCGGAAUCUCAGCAGCAGAAUGACCCCUUUUCGAACGACGCUUCUGCAUGCUCAGUUGUCUGCACUUCGAACAGAAUGUCUUUCGCACUUCCUUCAGUACCCUCGUCUUCUCUCCUUCUGGAGGAAUUGUUAAAACUUUGGCCAUCAGAGACAGGCGAUACCAUAGAAAGCGUCAACUGUACCGGAGAUUCGAGACAACGUAGAUCUGUCGCCAUUCUGCUUGAUUCUAGUGCUUGGUGUCAAGAUCUACCGGCGAGUCAGGAUCCGAGUUCUCCUCCUGCAGACUCAUAUCCUGGUCGGGAUCCCGCACAACUCAGCACUCCUGUCAAUAAAGCAAGGACUCCUGUCCCGUCUUUGACAUUCUCUCAAGAGUCCGCAUACUCUCGAUUUUCCCAGGAGGACCAUUCCUCCGCAACAUCAAUCAUGUCGCCGCUAGAUCUAGGCGCUAGGAGGUCUGUGCCACAGAGUCCAUGUCCCGUCAAGACAACGGCAAUCCGGCAAGGAGACAAUGAGAUGGUGGAUCCUUACUACAAACCUCCACAGACCAGGGGUACUCGGAACGCCGUACUGGCAUACGAUGAUGCUACACCUUUCGAAGUCUCAUACAUCAACCCUUGGACUCAUGGUUGUGUUAGCGCCGUUGAUCCAAAAGUACAGCCACGCAACAUUGCAAGUGGUCCUCAAGAAACAUCGUACAUAGAAUGGGAUGACGAGGAGGACGAGCACAAACUUCGCAUUCCUACAGCCCUGUCACGCAUUAGAAAGAGUCUUGCAGAUCUUCGUGCUGCAGACCGCUUCAUUUCGGGUGCUAAUUCAGGUCGAAAAGCAUCUACCAAGUCACAAGACAGUGUCAAGGAUACUGUUGCAUCGAUCCCUCGACCGGUAACAGCAGCCGGCAGUGUUAGCAAUGUCAAGGACCGGAGUCCGACGAAUUUCACAUAUGCUGCGCCAUACCAGUCACUGUAUUUGGAAAAAUCUCUUCCACCUUUGCCCCAUGAGCAGAUCAUGACUACAUCCACUGAAGCGGCAUGGGAACGGAGCCCGAAAAGGCGGAGCACAGAGAGCAUGGCCAAGAAGUGCUCGCGUUCCCUUGCAUCAAGCGCAAAUUCAACUAGCGGGCAUAUGCGGACAAUCCACUCUGAGCUGGAGAGUGCUGGACCAACCUCACCUGUGGCUUUUCACCAUUCCUUCACCUCUUAUGAUCAAUCUCCAAAGUCGGCGUCAUCGCCCAAUCUAACAAGGAUGGAAAGUUUUGACGGUCCAUACUUGAAAACGGACAAAACUGACGAAAAGCCAUCGAUAACCCUGAUGGACAAAUGGCUCAAUGGCCCCUUGGGAGCCAGAAACGAAAAGUAAUUUGAGG